CGUACAUUCAUAGUUCGUCCUUCGAUCGCCCCAUUCGUUACCUACUUAUCCAUCCCUGGCUGGGGAGUCGUUGCCUGGAGGGUGGCGGUGGUGUACAGUGUACGGAGGACUCGUGGUUUACAUGCAUAAUUUGUGUAUAGCAUCAUGCAUAGGUAUAUGUACCCUGCUUGCUCUCUCCAUUUCCAAAGCAAAAGGUGGUUCCCGCCACCCGACAUUGCAUGCCCGCCCCUGGAGGAUGUGUCCAAAUGAGGGAAUGGAUCUAUCCCUCGGUCUCUCUCCACUGCACCCCACGGAGGCCGCAAAUGCUCAUGCAGACAUGCAUCAGCGGUACAUCAUUCAUCUGCUCAUUCAGCUUUCUCUGGUGGGUUCCUGGUCUAGCGGCAAACCCUUAUUGAUUGUAUACGCACGUACUGUACUCCAGAAGACAAUCAGUCCAAUUCGGAAGUAUAUCUAGUUCUCGCAGUGAUCAACACAACACAGACCCCCGCCAUGGUAUGAUGUUUUACUAGACAUCACGUAUACGAGACCAAUUUGUAGGUCAACAAGUCUCACAUCAUAUCUCGUUAUCAGAAUUAUCCCAUCGAUG